AUGGUAUUGGAGGCCAAGAAUAUCGAUGAUGGUGAGGAAAUUCCAAAUCAUCUUGAUGAUGAUUUAAAAAAAUAUAACAUCGUUAUUGGAAAUUAUUUAUUCGCCUUGUAUUAUUAUAGAGAAAUCAUC